AGCAAGCUAGAAGCGGGGACUUUGUGGCAGAUUUACGCGACCGUUACAGGGAAAAUAAUCACGGACUUUGCAUUCAAUGAUUAUUAUAGACAACGGUGGUUUCCGGUUAAAACACGUUAUCAAUUCAAGCCUGCUGUCUGUGCAAAAAACGGCUCGUUUCUCCCUUGGACGACUGGACUUCGGGUUGCUUCAGUGGAGAGAGCUCGCUAGCUGUAGCUGCGGCACCGCUGAGGUUCUCCAGCCACGUUAGCAUCAAUAGAUUGCAUCAUGGCAGACAGUAUCAUGAGCAAGGCUGCCACCAUGGAGAUCCCCAUUAACAGCAAUGGCGACACAGGGACUCUGCAGGAGGAUGACAGCCUGGAGCAGGAUUUGCAGCAGGUGAUGGUGUCUGGACCCAACCUGAAUGAAACCAACAUCGUCUCAGGAGGUUAUGGAGGAGCUGCAGGGGGCAUCAUUCCUACCAGUAGCAUCAAAGGGCCUGCAGUUCGCUUCAACCCUGAGUAUCUGGACAGGAGACGAGCCCCUGCACCAGGACCAGACAUUCGCAUGAAAGCCAGGGCUGCUGGCUUGUCUAAAAGCCAAUCUGCAGCCAGUCGACUUGCCCAGCACACAGACCAGCAUCCAGGAUCCUCGAACAAGAACACUGGUAAUUCCACUGAAGAAGUUUCUCGGGGUGUGGCAGUGGAGAAAUUGGACAGUGUUAAGAAAUGGGGCAUAAACACAUACAAGUGUACAAAGCAGAUGUUCUCCGAGAGAUUUGGCAAAGGAUCCAGAACAGUGGACCUGGAACUGGAGGCUCAGAUUGACAUGUUAAGGGAGACCAAGAACAAGUAUGAACACAUCCUAAGACUGGCCACUGCACUCACCAGCCAUUUCCAAAGCAUGGUGCAGACGCAACAGGCUCUCGGAGACACCUUCACCGAGCUCAGUCAGAAGUCCCCAGAGUUGCAGGACGAGUUUGGGUAUAAUGCAGAAACACAAAAGCUGUUGUGUAGGAACGGCGAGGCGCUGCUCAGCGCCAUCAGCUUCUUUGUGUCCGGCAUCGACACCCUUAUCAACAAAACAAUGGAGGAUACUCUGAUGACCAUUAAGCUGUAUGAAAACACAAGACUUGAGUUUGAUGCCUAUCGCUCUGAUCUGGAGGAGCAGAGUUUGAACCCGAGGGAUGGAGCUGCCAUGGUCCGCAUUGAGAUGGCUCAGCAGGAUUACCAGAUCCACAGAGACAAAUAUGAAAGGCUGCGUAGUGAUGUCACCAUCAAGCUCAAAUUCCUGGAGGAAAACAAGGUGAAGGUUAUGCAGAAGCAGCUGCUUCUCUUCCAUAAUGCUAUCUCCGCUUACUUUGCUGGCAACCAGGAGCAGUUGGAACAAACUCUCAUACAGUUCAAUGUCAAGUUAAAGCCCCCCGGAUCAGACAAGCCAUCCUGGCUGGAGGAGCAGUAAAGAGUUUGACAUGUACAGUGACACGCUGGUCUGUGAAGAUCCGGACAUCGUGGUUCGAUGGACAAGAAUGAAAUGUACAUAGUAGGAUCAAUUACGGUCAGUGGUCAAGACAAACACGAGAUAUCUCCUUCUGUAUUUCAGUAUCCUGGAUUACAUAGAUGGUACAAUUGUAGUUGGUUUCAUCACACAAUUCACCUUUUGUUACUUUUAUUCUUUAGGUUGCACAAUCAUUGUCAUCCAUAUCACUUAUUUAUGUACAGUAUAGUCUACUGUUGGGGAGAGAUCCCAUGGCAGUUUUGCACAUGCAUUUAUUUGUUUUAAAUGUUGUUUUAAGUGUUAUCUUAUAUUUUAGGGUAUAUCACAUUAGAGGAAUUACAAAUGAGAUUAGCAAGUUUGAGGGAUAAUGUCAAAUCUUAUGAAACAUUCUCUGAAAUUGUAUUUUUCUUGAGUGUGCAUGACUGAGCCAUGUUUUUCAAAUUUAGUUUUACAGAUUUAGAUCAAAGACAUUAGGAUGCAUUAUCAUGUUUGCAGUUAACAUGCAGAGAAGGGCGAUGUAUGUAUUGAAUAUAGUCAUUUUCUCUAACCGGAUAUAGAAUCCAUAAUUAGUUUGAUCUUCUAGCUUGAGUACCUUGAGAUAUGUCCUGAUAAAUGCAGCACAGCACAAGCCUCAAAAACAGAUGUUACACUUAGUAACUCAGCAUCAAGAAAUCAAUAUAUCGGAUGCUUUGAUUAUAAAUACAAACAUCUGAACUAACAAAGGGAUAAAACUGUUUUAUUUAGAGGUGCCUGUGUGCAAAAAAAAAUCCACUCAUUCUUGAACAUGAAUAGAAUCCAUAUAACACCACAUGCAUAUGGAUAACAUUUAAAUAUCAGUGUCUUCGAGGACAGAAUGUACACUCACAUUUUUCUUAUCUAUUUAUUUGCCAAUGCAUUUGUGACCGCAUUGUAGGUUAUGUGCAUUUCUUUUCAAUUAUCUUUGUCUUGUUCAGCAUUUCCAAUAACAUCUGCUGGAUGUUUUGUUUCACCCAACUGUGCGAUCAACACAGAUCUGUCAGUUUCAUAUGGGAACCUCUGAAAGAUUAUCUAUGUUAUAUGUAUUCAACAUGAAUUAUGUACAUAAUACAAUCUGAAAUAUCUCCAUGUUGUCUAUGACUUGUAAUCUUAUUUCAUGAUUAUUAAAUUGCCCUUCAUAUUU